AUGUUACGACGCCAUGCUCCUGAAAUUCAUUCGUUGCUGUCUGAUUCUGAAACUGAGUCUGAUGAUAAUUAUGAGGUUCGAAGGACUGGUGAUGUGAAUGGACCAAGAAACAGAUCAGGUGGAGAAGGUGGGGAUGACAGAUCUAAGAGAAAUACAAAGGGGAAAACAAAAGUACUUUCAGAUACCAAAGCUGAUGAAGACCAAGAGAAUUUAGAGGAGCUUGCAAAGAAAUACCAGAAACAAAUCAAGAUAAUGCCUAUUCCUGCAGGUCGUAUAGAAAAUGGUAUAUUUUUCACCUGGGAAGAAUUGGCAAAGAGCUUGAGGAUCUUGUAUGGUCAACCAAUACAUUAUCUCACUUACAAGCUUAUUAAGCAAUGGGACGAGGCCAUGAUUGGCAAUGGAGAUGAAAAGAAGGCAUUGGUUGCCAUGUUCGGCUUUAGCAAGGCAGAAUCCACUAUAUGGGGUGUUGAAAAUAUCCAUAGGCUCACAACUUCUCCUACUCAGCUUGCAAAGCUUUGGCUUGAGGACCCAAAUUACCAUGCAGCUGUUGCUGAAGUUCUUCCACCUCCUUGA